AUGUUUUAUAUUUUAGUACUAAUUAGUAUAUUCGUGUAUCGUUAUGAAGGUGCCGAGUUUGUGAAGAGGUACAGACGGCAGUUGAUACCUAUUGAACAUGUACAGGUAGGUAAAAUACGGGCUCGCUUAGUACUUCUUUUUUUCCAAUAUAGUGAGAACUUUCUUUACAAACUAUAAAAUAGCAAGAACUUUCUUUACAAGAGAAAAAAGCCAAUAACUUUUUUUACAGAACAAAGAAUAACAAAAACUUCCUUUCCAGGACAACAAAUGGCACAAUGGCAAAAACUUUAUUUACAAAGCGAAAAAUGGCAAAAAAUUUCUUUACAAAACAAAAAAUAGUCAAAAUAUUACUACAAAGGUUUUCGUGGUGGGACCAACACGAGUAAGAAAAAAUUACAAUUUUUAAUUUUCAGGUCCAUUCCCUCCGCUCAAACGUGACAGUACUAGAAGAUACAGUAGAAACCCGUUCGCUAGAUUCAAUAUUAGAAUUCAACAAACCUCCCUAUAACAUUAGCUACUUCUCUAGGUAUUCUCUAUCAUCCAUCGACAGUAAAGCCUCAUUCCUUCGUAUCAACUCCAGCUACUCGGACAUAGCACUAGGCUUACAUUCAGUACGAGUAAGAUGUCUAGCAUCAAAAACAUCUCUAGAUUUGAGAAUGAAUCCAAAUCAAAUUGACCAGUCGGAAAUGAGAACUAUUUUUGAUUCGGAUGUCAACUUUGCCAUUUCUAAUCUAAACUUCAAUUUGGCUGUUUUUAAUGGAUCUCAUGCUAACUUGAGGACACGUACGGGGACGAAUGAGAAAGAUAAGAUAUUCAGGUUUGGGUAUGAGAAUAGUACGGAAGAGUUUCGAGUCAACUCGGUCGAUAAUAAUGAUGUUGUUGAUGUGGUUUUACAAGGCAAUUUGGUAAGUCCUGCCUUACCCUAAUUUAGUCUAGUCUACCAUAUCCUACCCUCCCCUAUCAUACCAUACCCCACCCUACCCUACCCUACCCGACCCUACCCACCUCUACUCUACCUUACCCUACCCUACCCCACUUUACCCUCUCUUCCGUAUACUAUCCUACCCUACCUUACCAUACCCUUUUGUAGCUCUCCGCAUCAUUACUAUACCGUACAGUAUUCUUUACCGUAGCCUUCCCUAUCACAUAGUCGUUAUCCUACCCAUUAGUACCAAUAGCCAAGCCUUACCCUACCUUACGUAGGCCCUGCUAUACAUCAUCCUUCCUAACUUACCUUACUUACCCUACCCUGCCCUUCUAUACAAUACCGUAACCUACCGUACAGUACCUUUCUUUCUCCUUGUCUAGAAUUAUCCUACUCUGCCCUAAACUACCCUGCCUUACAUUACCUACCAUAUUCUAGCCUGUUUUAAAAUAAUGUGCCCUACCCUGCCCUGCCCUAACCUACUUGACCCUAGACCUUAAAACAAGAAAACCUUUCAAUCAUUCAUUCUGGGCCUCGUAUUUUACCUUUUUUCGUUUAUUUCUAAAUUUUUCUUACGUCUAACUACCUCAUUUCAGAUCCACCUAACCUACGGUGAAAUAAUAAUCCAAAUCGACCGCAAUUACCGUCGCCUAAUCUUAAUAUCCAGCUCUCAUCGGAUCGAAUUUCAUACCAUUGGGGCUACUUUCCAAGCCUCAAUUAACGACCAGUCGCUUCAAUUCGACUACCUAACUGAUCGAAUUCGAGUAAUUGUUCAAAACAACUCUCCCAAUGUUACAGUAAUCGUCUCGACUCCAUCGAAAUCGGAUUUAGAUAGAACUACAGGUGUCGAUAUUAAUUUGAAUGAUCGACCAAACAAGAAUAUCGACCAUUUACAACUAAUAGCUCAAACUUUACAACUACAACUGGUUGGAGCUCAAAAUGGUCCGGCUAUCUAUGCUAAUGCCAAUGAAAGUGUACUUAGUUUGAGUACGAACAAAAGUGAAGUAAGUUAUGUCGUUCUGGGUUUUGUAAAGAAAGUUUUUGGCAUUUAUGCUUUGUAAAGAAAGUUUUUGCCCUUUUUUGUCUUGUAAAGAAAGUUUUCGCCAUUUCUUGUUUUGUAAAGAAAGUUCUUGCCGUUUACCUAAUAAAAGCUUAACAUUCAAAGUUCCGCAGCCUGCGAGUGACAAGUUAUACGAAGAAUCCCAUUUUCUUUUUGUAAAGAAAGUUCAUUCCAUUUCAAACCCUGUAAACAAAGUUUUAACCAUUUUUCAGGUCCGACUAUCAGCCUCAAACCAGCUAGUCCAAAUCACUGGCCAAGCACCUAUAUUAGUUACCACGACAGAAAAUGUAGCAAUAGUAAUUACUGGAAGAGGUAAUGGUACUCUCAGCCCUCCUCAUACGAUCCAACCUCAAAUCGACUAUGGUGAAUAUAAAAUACAAAACUUGAGUAAGUUUAUAGUAAAAUACGGGGUCAAGAAUUAUGUCUUUUUUAUUUUUAUAAAAAAAAUAUUAUCAGGCUUUCGUGGUGGGACCAAAAAAGGUUUAAGUAUGAUUUUUUAGUAAUAAAAUUUUUAAAAUUUGGUUGUUUGAGACCAAAAAAUGAUAGAAUUUAAAAUAAUUUCGGCCUUUAAAUAAAAAGAUAUCAAAACAAGUUUUCGUUGCGAGACCAAAAUCUCACACUUCACAUUAUGAAAGCCCUUUUCAGCCAACAUAACUGCCACACAAGACAAUGCCAACUGGUUAACAUCGAAAUUAAACCUGAAUAAUCUAGUCAAUCAAGCCAUUUCUGAUGUUCAAGACUUUCCUCCGGUUUUGGGUGAAAGUUUCCGCUCAGCGACUAACAAUAAUCUUAACUUUGUUGAUGGGGAGAACAGCUUUCCUUUUGACGGUAAAUAAUUUAGAGGCUCAUUAUUUGUUCUCGUAUUUUACUAAUUCAUUUUUUCAUUUUUUUUUAUUUUUACACCGAUCUUUAUUUCAAAUUUCUAUUUUCCCGCCGUUUUAUUUUUUGAAUUUUUGGUUUCCGUUAUAUUUUUUAGCAUUGGCAUUCUGUUUCAUCUACUCAAAAAAGGUCAAAAAUACUUUUUUAAUCCUUUCUUUAGUUUUUAUUAAAACAAAUUUUCCUUCAACGUUAAAAUUUUUUUGAAUUUUCAUUUUCCCGCCAAUUUUUAUGAAGCUUGGCAUUCUGUUUCAACUAACAAAAACUGCUGAGAAUGACCUUCGUAACGUACUUUUUAAGUAUUUUUUACUCUUUUCACCUUUUAUCUAUCAAAUUUUUCAUUUUUCUUGUAGCCCUACUGCUGUACCAUUAGUACCUGUACUACCUAACAUAACAAAGUCUAACCUAUAUGGAAUCACUCACCAAAGCUUACACUAUAUUGAAGCACGCACUGUAGUCCAAUAUAUGGUCCCUACUUCACUCUAACCUUCUCUUCCUUAUUCUUACCUAUCUUACCCUAUCCUUACUAACCAACUUUCCAUGUUCAGAUAAUAAAUCCUGGUCCAGCGUGAAUUCGGAUAAUUUAAAUUCAGACGCUUUAUUUCCGACAGAUGCGACCAAAGACACCUUCUCUCUACAACCAUUCGAAGGCAUGGAGAAUAUAAACUCCGACAACGAUGAUAGCCUGUUCAACGAAAAUGGCAAGAAAAUUACUUCGGAGAGCAGUUGGAAUUCAAAGUUUAGUCAAAACUCAGGCCAAACUUCGAAUUCAAACCAGAAUACGAAUUCAAAUCAAAAUUCAGCCCAAAACUCAAAUCUGAACAACUUUGGACCAUUGUGGAGUUCAGAUGGCGUAGCAUGGGUUACAAUAGCACCAGGAAGACAAGGACAGCCCGAAUUUGUCAGUGGAGAAGAGCCAAAAUCGAGCAGUACCUCUAGCUGGACUGGUGGAAUUAACACGGUUGAUGGACAAACUACUGGUGGAGGUACCUGGAACACUUCUGGUGGUUCCCAUGAAAAUACAAGUCAAAACCAAGGAGGUACGACCAUAAACGCCAACGGGGACCGACCAUUUGGCGAAGGUUUCGGGGUAGAUUCAGAGGAAAAUAGCCAAAACUCUACGAAUAACGCUUCUGAAUCCCAAAAUUCUAAUGGAAAUACAACAUCAGCAAGCCAAGGAGCUACAAACACAUCUUUAGAAAAUGGUCAGAAUGGUGCAGCUGGUACAAAUCAGUCAGAAAACGCAACUCAAAACGAAAAUACUUCGGAAAACGGGCAAAAUUGGUCGGUUUCAACCUCUACGCAUCCCAAUAUCACUGCGGCCAACCGAACAAUAUCAUCUUCAACGUCUUCUACAAACACUAAUCAACAAAAAACAUCAAAUGUAAACGGCUGGAACAACUGGAACUGGUCUAACUUUGGCAAUCAACAAAAUUCAGGAGGUCAAAGUCAAUGGAGUGUAAAUCAAGGUGGAAAUGCUGCUCAAAAUAAUAAUACAUACUCGAAUAACAACAAUAGAGUUCAAGGAAGUAUAAGUUGGUUAACACCACCAGGAUCUGUCAAUACUUCAAAUGGAGUCAGCGAUGAAAGUGAUUUACCUGAAACAGAGGGAGAUGAAAGUGUAGCUACUACAAAAUCAUCUUCUGGCAAUAUUAAUGAGAGUGCUUCUUUAACAACGCCUUCAGAAGCUUCAGAAAACUCUCCUGAAUCUUCGACGACUUUAUCUGACGUUUUAACAACCACAGAAAGUUCAGAUUCAUCAAAUUCACCUACAACAAUAUCAGCUGAUAUAUCAACAACAACGUCCUCAGCUGCCACAACAGAAACCACGCCAAAUCAAACGGAUUCAGAAAUAAAUGAUGUAACAUCAUCUACCCAACCUAAUUCAACAUCAAAUCCUUCCUUACCAGGCCAACAAAACGAAGAUAACGAUCUAUUUCCAACACCUCCAAGUAUAGCUAAAACAAUAUCCGAAACCGGCUUCCCAAUCCCGCCAAUGCCCGGAGUUGAUGACGGUAAUAACAGGAAUCAAAACCAAGAUAAUGCCGGUCAAAAUGAACGUAAUGGCAACAACAGUGGGCGUGAGAAUGAAACGAUAGCUGAAUCUGAAGUUGAAGAUGGUGAAGAUCUAAAACAAGGUAAUGGAACUAAUAUUGAUGAAGAUCGGAUUGAAGAAGUUGAGAAAACCAACGAUAAUGGCGAUGGUAAGGGAAUAUAAAAGCUUGAUAUUUGAUCAAAUUUGUUUUGGCAAAAAAACUGGCUUUGUUUUCGAGCUGCGCCCGAGGUUUUGCAGGCUGUGGAAGCGAUUUUAUACCAAAUCUCUUAAAAAGAUAAAAAUAAUGUUGUCAAUGAUAAAAUAACAUAAAAAUAUGUUAAAACAGGGUUUAAUAAUUGUAUUUUACAAAAAAUUCUUAUAGUAUCCCAAAUGGCUAAGGAACAAACAUACGAUCGAAGUGAUGACACCUUUGCCAUAGCUCAUUUUGGUGAAAUUACAACACAACGGCCCAAUAUCAUGGCUACUAUAGUUAAUAUUACCAUAGUUUCACCCACAACACCUAUGCCAGCUUUGUUUUAA